CAAAAUUUAAUAAUUUGUUGAAUGAGAUUGUAACUUAUAUAGAUCAAAAAUCAAAUUUUGUUAAAGGUGCUAACUGAUAUAAUAACAAUGUCAGGUCAUCAAUAUAUCACAAAUCCCGAUAAUAUUUUUGAAGAUGAUAUUGAUGAUGAAACCUUUUUAGCAAAUUCCCGUCAAAGUUCCUCCCCUUUAGAAGUUCAGUCAACUAAUCCUUUUGAACAACAAAGGCGAAUUUAUGAACAAAAACGAAGAGCAAUUGAAGAGAGAACUUUAGGUUCAACUGAUCGUAGUUUAGGACUUUUAUAUGAAACGGAAGAAGUCGGAAAAGCUACAGCUGCAGAACUAGCAAAGCAACGUGAGCAACUUGAAAAAAGUAAUCGUCAAUUAGACGAAAUUAAUGCAACAUUGCGUUUUAGCCAAAAACAUUUAAAUGGUUUGAAAAGCGUUUUUGGUAGUUUAAAAAAUUAUAUUCAAGGGAAGAGUGACAUGCCAAUAAGCAACAGGACUGCUAGCUCUCCAACUGAAAGCAAAGUUUCUGAAUCGGGAAGUAGUCAUGCUUUUCAGCAACAAACAAAUUCUCCAUCUUACGAUGAUCGCUAUAUGAAUCAUCCAGUAAAUAGAUUAAGAAGUGAUUUAACUGAAAACAAAAGGCCACAAAGCACCAGAAAUGCCUUUGAAGAAAGAUUGGGAAACAAUUUAGAUGAAAUGUCUAACAGUAUUUCCCGCUUAAAGGGCUUGGCUACAAACAUGCAUGAUGAAAUUGAAUCUCAGAAUGACUUGUUGGAUAAUAUGAAUUAUAAAAUUGAAGAUGUUGAUAUUAAAAUUGAGAAACAAAAUAAGCAAAUUAAUUCGCUAUUAGGUAAAAAGUAAGAUUUCGAUUGAAGUGUUGGUGAUUACACAUGCAUGUUAAGUUAAAAGCAAAUUUUAUUGAAAAAAUGUUCUUAAAUAGUAAGAGUAUUAAUUAAAUUUUUAAACACAUCAAUAUUA